AUAGUCAGAACUCGGCUACCAACAACUCAGGGUCUUCAGAGUAUGGCACACAAACAAAUUUCGACCGGAUAUAUGGUACAAGUCUGCUGGGAACUAACCCAAAAUGCAGUACACACGAAACCCACACAAGGACACAACUAGCAUCAAACAAUAGGUGGAAUAAUAAGCCAUGGUCAUCACAAGGAUCCAAUCAUUUUUUAUCCCCCGCGUCCCUGUCAGCGUUGAAAAAACAGCUGGUAGGGAUGUUAACACUCCUAAACCACUAGUGCUGGCUCCCUCCUUGCAUGAAAACAGGAACGGUCUAGUGCACCCGUAUCCAUUGGACACACUUGACACUUGCACAAGUAUAGGCCAAAUAAAGAACCCUACCCACUUCUGUAACCUAACUAAAAAUAAAAGUUCCUUAGUCUAUAGCAAAUCCAGUACUCCAACUCCUAAUUCUCCACCGAAAACAGCACACAACAACUCGAUAGACAUAGGUGAGCAUGAUGCUGGAACUCCUCUUAACAUAGGAUCGUCAUGUCCAGCAGAACUACUGGGUGCUGAACCAUAUUCGGGGCUGACUAACGAACUUAAAUACUUCAAAUGCUACUUCAACUCUCAUCUUUACGUAAUCCUCAUAAAUGCUAGAUCUGUUCUAAAUAAAUUGCCGAUGCUCAGAGCACUCACAGUAAUAUACAAACCCCCUGUAAUUGUCAUCACUGAAUCUUGGUGUCAUUCGGACAUUCUGGAUGAAGAAAUAAGCUUAGAUAACUACACACACUUUCGGUGUGACAGGGAAGGUGGUAAGGGAGGGGGUUGUCUCAUGUACUUUCUGAAUGCACUUACUGUAUCACAGCUAGAAAGUAGUACACUUAACAUGCCUGAGACUCUAUGGGUUAAUGUACACUUAAAUAACGUAACAGCAUUAAUUGGAUGCUCCUACAGAGCACCUGGCACCUUUAGUAAUUACGAGACCCAACUUAUUAAUACUCUGGAGCAAUUAACCGACUUACAAUACGAUCAUAAGAUCCUAUGUGGGGACUUUAACUUACCUGAAAUCAACUGGGAUAUACCCACAGGUCCAACUAAAUUUGAUAAGUUCUUAGGCACACUGGAUAUACUUGGCUGGAAACAAACUGUCACUACUCCCACAAGAGGUAACAACGUACUAGACUUAAUCUUCUGCCACAAUAUAAGCCCCCUUUCAACGCUAGUAGGUUCUGAGUUCCCAGGGAGCGACCACAAAACAGUAAUGUGUGCACUGCCAAUUCCGCUGAGUAGCAAUGCAUCUCAUACCUCCACUUCACAACAAGUAAUAUAUAGGAACUAUAGUAAGGCAAACUGGGCCUUAGUAGAAUCGAUGCUAAGAUCCUCCAAAUGGGAUGAAUACUUCACUACUGAUGACCUAUCGAGAGCCCUAACCAUCUUCUACCAUAACUCAAACAUAUGCUUAGAUGCUGUCAUUCCACUCCAAACACUAAAGGUUUCCCCACACAGAAAGUCAUUCAUAAAACCAAAGGAUCGUAAGAAACUGAAGAAACUCUCAACAAGUUACUUCAAACACCACGACUUUGGCACUCUAGGUCUAAUACUUAAAACCCUUAGCUCCAUCACACAAGCUCAAGAUUUCCGUAUGAGAAAGGAAGAACGCAUCGCAGUAGCCAGUCCUGCUAGAGUGUAUGCACUCACAGAAAUCUUAAGGAAGCGAAUGAAUCGCAAAAAUCACAGCAUUUCUCUCCUCAUAGACAAAGGCAGGCUAUGCACUAACUCUGCAGACAUAUGUGAACUAUUCAACAAAACGUUUGCAGGUAACUACCUUAAGCCCUCAGUCCAGCUACUCGAUAUACA